AUUGGCAGCCAUUUUUAAACCGCUCACCUGCUGUAAGUGUAGAAAAAAACAUGGACGGUGAAAAUCUCUGAUCGACAAUCACGUAAACUGCAGAGUCUAAAUGGCUGAUAUUUGACCGAAUAAACGCAUUAAAAUAAUUAAAAAAUAAUCAAGUGAAACAGUGCUUAAAAAUAAAACAUUAAUAAUAAAAAAAAAUUAACAGAAAGGGUAACAACCUCAAGAAAAAGAACAAGACAACGAGUUAGUGAGAGCGUAUUGCUGAGGUGCUGUGCAUUUAUACUGGAAUAAAUCAUAUAUAUGUACAUGUAUAUCUACAUAUAGAUAUUCUGUCAAAAUAUUUUUGAAAUAGUGAAAAUGAGAAAUAUUUGUAAUAGAAUUGCUGAAAACUCAAGAUAACUGUGAUUAAACAUUGAUUUAAUUUUUUAUAACCAACUGUAAUAUAUAUCAGGUACAUAAUAUAAUUUUGAUCAGAAUAGCAACAACAGAGGAGUAGCAGGAGCAUCAUUGUCAUAAUUGUCACCAUUACCAUUAUCAUCAUUAUCAUUAUUAUCAUCAACAUUAUUAUUGUCAAUAUAUUCAUCAAAAUAGUUGGGAACAAUAAAAAAUGUCAAUUCUACGAUGUAUGAGAGAGAGAAAGAUAGAGUUCGAGGCUGACAAAUGUUAAGUUUCGUCAAUUAUGGCAGAUAAUGUGCACAGAAAAUCGCACAAACAUUUGGAUGGAAAUAGAAAAAUAUCAACUCCAAUUAAUCGUACAACAACGGAGACAAUGAGGCUCGAAGAGCCAGACAGAACACACCCGGCGUUAGGUCUGUCUGUGCCUAGUAACAUUACGCCAGCUAAUCAAUGUAAGAAGAAAACAUCAUCAUUUCAAAUUACCAGUGUUACAGUUGGCAGUCGGAUGAGUAAUGAUACGGGUGAAGAUUCUAAUGAUGAUCUUGAUGAAUCACACGGUGAAGACACUUCAGUUGAACUUUCCAGAAUUACAGAUAUUGAAACACCAAGCUAUUCUGAAGAUACAUUUUCAAAGGAUGAUGUAUUUUUUAAUGCAAGUAAUGCUGCACUUAGCACUGCACCUGUGAUACCUACCAGUUCACAGUAUGGAUUAGCCAUUGUACCAUCUGAAAGUGGUAAUGUUAAUAACUCAACUAAUAACAGCAAUAUUAAUACUUUAGAUAUCGCAUCUGUAACUGAUAAUAACAUUAUCAAUUUGUUAUCGAGUAAUGCCAAACAAGACACUGAUAUUCGAGAGGUACACUCACAUGGAAGAAAUGAAAGAUUUAAAGUUGUUAAAAUUGAAAGUACAGAACCUUUUAAAAGAGGAAGAUGGACGUGUAUGGACUAUCUUGAUCAUACUUCUGUUAAUCAUUCAAAUACUAUUGGUACACCUAAAAUUCCAGACCCUAAUGAAGUUUGUAUAUCAUAUGGUGUAGCUGACGGUGGAAUUAUAGCUCUAGACUCAACCAAAUCUUCGACAAUAACUGAAGAUCAAGGAAUCUCUGUUGAUAUGAAUGGACAUGCAACUCACCAAGAUAUUCAUGGUUCAUUAGCAAUUUCCAAUGCUUCAACGACUGGGUAUCAAGCUAAUAAACAAAUAUCACAUAAUGUACAAUGUAAUGCUACGUCAGUCCAAACUUCACCACAAGUUCAACGGACUACUCAAAUACCAUCUCAAUACUUUUCAUCCUCAACACCGCAAUCUCAACAAUUGACUUCGCAACAGCAGCAGCAGCAGCAAACAAAUGAACAACAACCACAUCAAAGUGACAAACUACAUCAAAAUGAACAAUCACAGCAAACAAGUGAACAAAGUCAACAUCAGUCAAGUGGACAACAAAAAUGUGAUCAACAACAAUCAAAUGUGCAACAAAAAUGUGACCCGCAACAACAAUCUAAUGGACAAUCACAGUCUAAUAUGUUACAAUGUGAUCCUCAACAGCAACAACAGUCAAGUGGUCAACAACAGCAACCUAACAAUCAACAAGGAUCAACGUUACCAACAAAUUUGCAAAAUGUACAUCCUAAUAAUAAUUUAGGACAAACACAAAGUAUGCCUCAAGGUUCUAUUCCUAUUAUUACUCAGACUAAUAAUAACAAUGUGACGCCACAACAAAGUAUAUGUCAUGCAAAAGAAGAUGCUUAUGUGACGUCAAAUUCACAAAAUCAAUCUAUACCAAGUCAAAACAUAUGUCAAUCAAAUACAUCUGCUUCACAAGCAAAUGUUAUUACAGCAUCACAUCAAUCUCAAUCUCAGCAGCAACAGCAGCAGCAGCAGCAGCAGCAACAACAACAACAACAGACAUUAACAACCCGAAAUUCAAUGACACAAGUAUCUGAAUCAAUGAGUACUAUACAGGGCAUGCAAGGUAUGCAAAAUAUCCAUCAAAGCCAGCCUCAACAAGUUAAUACUCAACAAUCAGGGCCAAUUCAAGGUCCACUAGUUUCGGGUCAAGUAUUAACAUCAACAUCGAUGCAACCUCAAACAGGUGGUGCAAAUACCCAGGUGCAGUUACCCCAAGUUUCGGCUAAUUGUCAGAAUGUUAUUAGUGCAAUCCAGCAGGGCAACAUGGGCUUUCAACAAUCCGAUACAGAGCAGGACUCAAUGUCGGGAUCUGGAACAGCCGGUAGCAGUCAAUUAGCGGAUGCUGCACUUCUUGAGUGCCUCGUGGAGGUAACACAAUCCAACGAUGAUCAUCACGCACUCGAAGACAAUGAAAGUAUGUCCGGGACAAGUGCAGUAGCUAUUGAUAAUAAGAUUGAACAAGCGAUGGAUUUAGUGAAGAGUCACCUGAUGUUUGCUGUAAGAGAAGAAGUAGAAGUAUUGAAAGAAAAAAUUGCUGAAUUAAUGGACCGUAUAAAUCAGCUUGAGGCUGAGAAUAUGAUUUUAAAGGCGCACGCGACUGCGGAAACGUUAGCACAAUUGAGCCAAUCGUCAACCAAAUUACCCCAAAAUAAUUCAGGAAGUGGUCAGUAGGUAAUCGGUGUAUAUAAGUUUCUAUCAAUAUUUCAUCACAUAAUGAAUAAUAUAAUUAUUGUAUAUAACUUUGCGAUUUUUAGAAAUUUAUAAAUAAUGAGAUUUAUUAUAUUAUUAUACAUAUAAGUAUUAGAAAACACAGAACUCAAUGGUUUCUUUUUUUUUUCUAAGUAAAUUAAAAAUAAUUAAUUAUUUUUUACUAUUUCAGUUUAUUAAAUUUAGAUAAUA